CAAUUUCCUUGAUUUCUUGCUCAGGUUUAACAUCUUCCUCUUUCUAGUCACACUUGGGUGCAGAACCAUGGCUUGCCCUCCACAGUCAGAUGAGCUCAUAUUUUUUGUGAAUGGCAGGAAGAUGAUGGAGAGCUGUGCAGACCCUGAAGAAGAGUUGUUGUCUUAUCUGAGAAAGGGGCUUCGUCUCACAGGGACGAAAAAAGGCUGUGGAAUAGGGGGCUGUGGUGCCUGCACAGUGAUGAUAUCCACGUAUGACCCAGUUUCCAAGAAGAUACUACAUUAUCCUGCCAACUCCUGCCUGCUCCCCAUAUGCUCGCUGCAUGGCACUGCAGUCACCACUGUGGAAGGUGUUGGAAGCACAAAAACCAGGAUUCACCCAAUUCAGGAAAGGCUGGCCAAGUGCCAUGGCUCUCAAUGUGGCUUCUGCACCCCUGGAAUGGUGAUGUCCAUGUACGCUUUGCUGAGAAACCACCCGGAGCCCUCCAUGGAGCAGAUAACUGCAGCUCUGGACGGUAAUUUGUGCCGUUGCACUGGAUAUAGACCAAUAAUAGAAAGCUACAAAUCAUUUGCUGGGGAACCAACCUGCUGCCAACUGAGAGGAACAGGACAGUGCUGCCUGGAUCAGGAAGGAGGUGUGUCCUCAUCUUCUGAUAGGGGAGAUCGGAUGCGUUCAGGUCUCUGCAAUCCGGAAGAAUUUCAGCCUGCUGAUCCAAGUCAAGAGUUUAUAUUUCCACCUGAACUUAUGAGAAUGGCUCAGGAGCAGCAGGGAAGAACUCUGUUUUUUCAGGGGGAAAGAACUACGUGGAUUUCUCCCGCUAGCCUGCGGGAGCUUCUGGAGCUCAAGACCAAGUAUCCCAAAGCACCUGUUGUUGUGGGGAACACCAGCGUUGGACUUGAUAUGAAGCUCGGUGGUGUUCAUCAUCCAGUUAUCCUCCAUCCUGAUAGGAUUCCAGAGCUGCGUAUUGUGAGUAACACUAACAACGGACUAAUGAUAGGAGCUGCCUGCCGACUGGCUCAGCUCAGAGACAUCCUGAUGAAAGCAGUCUCGGGGCUCCCAGAGGAGAAGACAAAGAUCUUCUAUGCUCUCUUGCAGCAGCUGAGAACUCUAGCUGGUGAACAGAUCAGGAGUCUGGCUUCCUUAGGGGGACACAUUGUUAGUAGAGGAUCAACUUGGGAUCUGAACCCUGUCCUGGCAGUUGGCAACUCUGUCCUCAACCUGGCAUCUACAGAUGGAAAACGGCAGAUUCCUUUAACUGAUGACUUUCUUUCUGGUUGUGAAAAUGCAGACAUUAAGCCAAACGAGGUUAUAGUGUCAGUUCUCAUCCCAUACUCUAAGAAGGAUGACUUUGUGUCAGCCUUCCGACAGGCAGAGCGCCGGAAGAACGCCUUGUCGAUUGUGAAUUCUGCAAUGAGAGUGCUUUUCAAACCAGGCACAAAUAUCAUUAUGGACCUGAACAUUCUUUAUGGAGGCAUUGGCUCUACCACAGUCAGUGCAAAGAAAUCCUGCCAGAAGCUCAUCAGGAGGCAAUGGAAUGAGCAGAUGCUGGGUGAAGCUUGCAGACUGGUGCUUGGCGAAAUUUUUCUCUCCCCCUCAGCUCCAGGUGGGAAGGUGGAAUACAGAAGAACUCUGCUUGUCAGCUUCCUUUUCAAAUUCUACCUGGAAGUGUUGCAUGGUUUAAAGAUGAUGGACCCAUCAAAGUAUCCUGACCUGCCGAAGAAAUACAUGAGUGCCCUCAGAAACUUUGAAUGCAGACCUCCCCAGGGAAGACAAGUAUACCAGGAUGUAGAUCCAGGACAGCCACCCCAGGAUCCAGUGGGACAUCCUAUCAUGCACCAGUCUGGAGUUAAACAUGCCACAGGUGAAGCUGUCUACUGUGAUGACAUGCAUCCUGUAGACGGAGAGCUCUCUUUGGCCGUGGUCAAAAGUUCAAAAGCGCAUGCAAAGAUUGUAUCAAUUGAUGCAUCAGAGGCCUUCAAAGUGCCAGGAGUGGUUGAUGUGGUAACAGCUAGCGAUGUUCCAGGGGAAAAUGGCACUAAAAAUGAGAAAGCAUUUGCAGGAGAAGAGGUGAUUUGUGUGGGUCAGAUUAUCUGCGCUGUAGUUGCAGAGUCAGAUAUUCAGGCAAAAAGAGGGGCUGAAAAAGUGAAGAUACAGUAUGAAGAACUGGAGCCAAUUCUGACCAUUGAGGAUGCAAUAAGGCACAAUUCAUACAUUGGAAAAGAAAAAAAAGUAGAAAAAGGAAACAUUGAGAGAGGAUUUAAUUCAGCUGAUGAAAUAAUUGAAGGUAAAAUGACUAUUGGAGGACAGGAACAUUUUUACCUGGAACCUAACAGUGUACUUGUUGUUCCAAGAGGAGAGGAUAAUGAAAUGGAUGUAUAUUCAUCUACUCAGUAUUCAUCGAAUGUACAGGAAUUAGUGGCUUCAGCUCUAGACGUCCAGUCCAAUAAGAUCAUGUGCCACACAAAACGUGUUGGUGGAGCUUUUGGUGGGAAAGUUACAAAACCCUCCUAUUUUGCUGUAAUUGCAGCAGUGGCAGCAAACAAGACUGGGCGUCCAGUCCGUUUUAUCUUGGAGCGACAUGAUGAUAUGCUCAUCGUUGGAAACCGACACCCUUUCCUUGGAAAAUAUAAGGUAGGAUUCAUGAAUGACGGUAGAAUCGUGGCUGCAGACAUUCAGGCCUACAUUAAUGCUGGGUGUACACCAGACGAGUCUGAAAUGGUAAUAGCGUAUAUUGUAUUAAAAAUGGAUAACGCUUACAAGAUCCCCAAUUUCCGAGUCAGGGGCCGCGCCUGCAAAACGCAUUUGCCCUCAAAUACUGCCUUCCGGGGAUUUGGCUUCCCACAAUCAGGACUGUUUGCAGAAACCUGGGUUAUAGCCGUGGCAACCCAAACUGGUUUACCACCCGAGAAGGUUCGGGACAUGAACAUGUAUGAAGGAGUUAACGUAACUCCUUUCAAAGAGCAGUUUGAUGCAACAAACCUGAGGAAAUGUUGGACAGAAUGUUUGGAGAAGUCUGAAUACUACAGCAGGAAAACAGCAGCGGAAGAAUUCAACAAGCAAAAUUACUGGAAAAAGAAAGGGAUUGCUAUUAUUCCCAUGAAGUUCACAGCUGGAUUUAAUAUGACGUUUUACCAUCAGGCUGCAGCUCUGGUGCAUAUCUAUACAGAUGGGUCAGUGCUGGUGACUCAUGGUGGAGUUGAACUGGGACAAGGAAUUCACACCAAGAUGCUACAGGUUGCUAGCCGUGAAUUAAAGGUACCACUGUCAUACAUACACCUGUGUGAAACAAGUACAACAACUGUACCUAACGCAUUAGUCACAGCAGGAUCAGUUGGAUCAGAAACCAAUGGAAAAGCAGUCCAGGAUGCUUGUCAGAUUCUUCGGAAGCGCCUGGAACCCAUCAUUCAGAAGAAUCCUGAAGGCAAAUGGGAGGACUGGGUUAAAGAAGCUUUUAAGCAAAGCAUUAGUCUUUCAGCCACUGGGUACUUCAGAGGCUAUGAUGGAAAUAUGAACUGGGAGAAGGGAGAAGGACACCCAUUUACAUAUUUUGUUUAUGGAGCUGCUUGCUCAGAGGUUGCAAUUGACUGUCUCACAGGAGAUCACAAGAACCUCAGAACUGACAUUGUUAUGGACAUUGGAUGCAGCAUAAAUCCAGCAGUGGAUAUAGGGCAGAUUGAAGGAGCCUUUGUUCAGGGCAUUGGACUUUAUACACUGGAGGAAUUAAACUAUUCUCCCAAAGGAGUCCUUCACACUCGGGGACCAGAUCAUUAUAAAAUCCCAGCAGUCUGUGACAUCCCAGAACAGUUCAGUGUUUCCCUGCUGUCACCUUCACAAAAUCCCCAUGCAAUCUAUGCAUCCAAGGGUGUAGGUGAGGCAGGGUUGUUCCUGGGAUGCUCUGUAUUCUUUGCUCUAAGGGAUGCAGUGUCCACUGCACGAAAGGAGAGAGGAUUACCAGGGGCCUUCACGCUGAACAGCCCCCUGACGCCUGAGCGGAUUCGAAUGGCCUGUGCUGAUGACUUUACCCAGAUGGUAAUGGGGCUUUACUUUUUGAGAGUUUCUGUUUAGCUGCUGCCUAUUCCGUUUGGCAUCUUGGGCCCAUAGUUUUUAUAGUU